AUGGGGUUACAAUACUUGAUACUGUAUGGCGUAGGGCUGUGUCUAGCCACUAUUGUCAUCAAGGCCAUCUACAGGUUGACACUACACCCUUUGGCGCGAUUUCCAGGUCCCAAAAUUGCCGCAAUCACCAAUCUGUAUGCGGUGAACCACGAUCUGAUAUCCCAGGACUCACUCGUCAAGCAUCUAAAAACACUUCACGAUAAAUAUGGACCCAUCGCUGACGAUGUCAGUGUGUUCAAAUCUGGCUCCGAUUUCAAUCGUCCUCCGGAGUUCUACAAUGCUCCGCAAGUCGAGGGCUCUUUUCUCAACAUCAGCGAUGGACGAGUUGCGAAACCCCACCGUGAUCUCUUCGUGCAAGCAUUCUCUAAGGCCCAGAUCAACGGGCUGGAGCCACUCAUUCAUAAGAAGAUCGCGCUUUUCCUGCACCGCUUGAAAGCCGAAUCAGACGAGAAUCGCAGCAUCAACCUCGACUUGGCUCUGAACUGUCUGACCGCCGAUGUCACCAUGUAUUAUUGCUACCAAAUGAGCCUUGAUCUUCUUGAUGCUCCCAGCUUCCGCCCUAAAUUGAUUGUCGAGCUACAUGAUUUCGCACCAAUAGUACCAUUCUUCUGGUAUUUCCCCAACAUCGGCAAUAUCAUGAACAAGGUGAUUUUCUCAAUGCUGCCCCACAAGGUCGUGAAGACUUGUUUCCCCGCCGCUGCGUCCAUGAAAGACAUGAUGGCUCAAUGUCGAGCGCUGAUCACCUCCCUGGCUCAAGCACCAGCCGACUCGAAGGAGGUGACAUCGUCGAUCUUCCGUACUGCCCUCAAUCCAAACAGGGAAAAAGGGCAGUACAUCGCGACUCCAAACGAGCUCGCCGCGGAUGCCGUGCUCAUGUUCCUCGCUGGAACUGAUACCACUGCCCACGCGCUCACGUUCGGCAUCUGGGAAAUGAUGAAGAGACCCGAGCUUUGGGCACGAUUACGACAGGAAGUCGUUACGAUCCUCCCAGACACCAAGAACCUUGCGUCAGUGAGGGAUCUGGAGAACUUACCCUUUCUUCGAGCCGUGAUCAAGGAGUCACUUCGAUUCUCCAUGGGGACGUCUGCACGUCUUCCUCGCGUGGUACCACGCAAUGGUGCCGUCCUUUGCGGCGAAAAUAUCGCUCCUGGGACUCGCGUUUCUUUCUCGCACUACGUGUACAACAACGACCCAGCGAUAUUCCCAGAUCCGUACUCGUUCCGCCCUGAACGAUGGCUCGGAAGCAAUGUGGAUGAGCUGGAGAGUCAUAUGGUCAGCUUUUCGCGAGGAAGUCGCAACUGUAUAGGAAUGAACUUGGCGUAUGCCGAACUUCAUGCUACAUUUGCCCAUCUAGUUCGCAGGUUUGAUAUAUCGAACGACGGUACCACGGAUGAGAUGAUGGAGUGGACCGAUGCAUUUACGCCACGAUUCAGGGGCCAGCUCAAUGUGAAAUUGCGGGCCAUUGACUAA